AUGUCGAUUCAACUCUUUUGGAUCUUUUUUGUUUCUACAUUCAUCCUCCACUCAUCUGAAUCGAAACCGAUAGACCUGGUAGCUGUGGUUAACGAUACUAAUAAUUUGCGACGUGAGGCAGCUGAAGAGUUUAAAAUUCCUUAUAUGCAUGAGUUGAUCUACGAUGCAACUCUCUACCAACAAUUUGAUCUGAUUGACAAUGAUGACAUCCCCUGGUUCACUCCUAUUUCGCGUGAUUUCUUUUCAGCACAGUUUGAUGUGUUUAAGAACAAACGCGGCGAGAUGAAGAUAUAUUCUUAUCGAGAAAACCCACUAAGUGAAGUGAAGAAUCCCUACACCGCUCAGUACCUUUCCCCACUUCAAAAACGAAUCCGAUGCUUAACAAGGGAGAAUGGUACGCUCAAAUGUGUUUUGGGACCAAUAAGAGAAACAAUGUGGUGGUACUACUCAGAAGGAUCUCCUGGAUCCAGAUGUGAUGAUGAUUACUAUAACAAUGAGGGACUGUGUACCAGAUUCCAGACUACAACUACAAGAAAGACCACAGCAACCACUUCUUUGAACACAGUCACAACUGAGAAACCAUAUCCAACUAUUGAUGCAGAGGAGGAAGAAGAAUGUGAAUGUUCAGUGUCUACUUGUGUCAAAAUAACUUUUAUUUUUAUUACGCUUUUUGUGCAUUAUUUGGUUUAA